UUUAAAGGUCAAUACACAGCGUGCAUGGCGGCCAUACGGGUUGCCUGUUGGCUAUUAACGGACGAACGUUAGAUUUAAUAGGAAAACCUUUUCACCCUUUAAAUACACUGAGAAAGCUUUCAAUAAGUAACCAAUGAUUCUAUAUGAACUUCGAACACGUAUUCAUAGCCUUAGAAACUCUUGUCGUAACAGAAGGACAGUUUUCGCUCCAGUAACGUAUUCAACUUAAAUAUAGCUGUAACCGAACGUAAAUGAUGGCCUGUUUUGAGGCUGUUUUCUUAGUUAUCAUACUCGGGACUGCUCAUAGUGACCGUUUAUUGGAUUCCGAAGGAAGCAAAAUCGCCAAGAUUGUAUCAGAUGAUUUGAAAUUGGGUGAAUUUGAACUUGGGGAAUCUGAACACCACAUGGCACCCAUCGCAAAAUUCCUUAUUUCUACUGAUUCUACUACAGGAGUCGGAAACCCACGUGUCCCUCCUCCUCCUGGCGGCGGAAGCCAAUCAACAAGCUCGACUACCUCCACUUCUACGACAUCUACACCGUCGUCUACGUUUACUUCUACAACUCCGACCUCUACCUCAUCGAUCUCAUCCUCACCCUCCUCUUGGACAUCCACGUGGGUAACACCAAGCAGUUAUCCAACAACUUACGACGACGACAAAGACGACGACAAGCCGGAUUCCUCCUCGAACACAAUGCUUCUUUUGCUCAUCAUGAAGAGUAACACAGUGGCCAGCAGCGAGAAAGACUACGGGAAGAAAUAGGAUGUGGUUCCUCCAGUAAAGUAGUGCUAAGUUGCCAGACAAGCGUUUUUAGAAAAUCUACAUUAACGACAAACAAAUUUUCACAUUUUAUAUAGCAUUACACAAAAACUGAAAAUUAUAGGAAAAUCCGUCUGAAAACAGGAAACAAUCUAUAUAAAUACAUAGGAUAUGAAAAUCCUCCGUGAUUACUAUUUCAUACCAAAAUCUGAUAUGUCUCGGGAAAAUAUAAAUAAACACUAAUAAACUGUUGAUGAUCCAACGUA